GGGCAGAGCUAUGGCGCGCACAUGUAUUCCUAGUGCGGGUCAGUCACGGCACCGAGGCUGUCAUGGCUUCUGCCUUGUGCUGACCUUCCUGUAGUGCUGGCCGCAGCUCCGGGCUGUCACACCCGAGCAGGAGGUGGGUGUGUCCCCACAGCUCGCACGCUACUCCUCGGAGACGGAUCCAGCCUGAUCACGGACCAAACUAGAACCCCAAGACCUGGAACAGCAACAGAAGUAGUUCCAAUGGAAGGUAAUUAAAAAUCAUCCCAUUUAAAGACUUCUUUCGUGUUAUUUUCUGCCAAUCCCCCACCCCACCUUGACAAGGGGUGUGGAGGAUAAUCAACCUGGAAAAUGGUUUCUUUAAUCUGCAAUGAACCACUCUCUGCCUCAGAUCUUCUCUCUAAUGCCACAUCCCCAUGUGGGCAAAACAUGACUAUACCACAUCCCGGAAAUGUGUCGAUGCUCCCCUUUCUGCAGGAUGAUGCAAGCAUUUCCUGUCCUUCUCUGGCAGAACAGAUUGAUAACAGUAUUGUUUCUAUACAGAAAAAAGAUAUAGAUGAAGGUGGUCUUAAGGAAGUGGAAGGAAUUAUAUUAUCCCAAUUGGUAAAAGCAGUGGAUGAGCCAAAGGAAGCUACUCCAGUGGCCCAGUUAAAACUUCCAGAUUUUUGUGCACAGAUUUCUGGUGACUUCAGCCCUACCUUAGAAGAAAUUGAGGAAUUUUUAACAGAAAAUAUGGAUCUUUUCCGUGAAGACUUGGUUGAAAAGCAGCCCGUUCCUGGAACGUGGGUUCAGAAUUGCAUAACAAGUGAGCAGAUUUCUGAAACCAAUACAGCUCAACCAACCGAGGAUGUAUCAACUCCACUAACUCCAGAUACUUCAUCCACUCCACCUUCCACGACAAGCAGUAUUCCUGUCCUCCUUCAAAUCCAACCUGUGCCUGGUGCUUCGUCUUUGGUGCAGAGCUCUACUGGUGGUGUCCGUCUUACCCAGCUACUAAUCAGUGUACAGGGCCAAAGCCUGGCACUGGCUCCAGUCACAGGGCCCACUUCACCUGGGGACCAAAAGUAUGUUAGAAUUGCACCUCUGCCAAUGGCUGUCCGGCCGUUGGCAUUAGGAGGAGUAUUUGUGAGUGAAGUGCCGCAAAAAAUCCAGAAAGGUGCUCCAGCUAUGAUCAGAGUCCAUAAGUGCAGUCACCCCGGCUGUAACAAGAUGUACACCAAAAGCUCACAUCUUAAAGCACAUUUCCGGCGACACACGGGGGAGAAACCUUAUGUUUGCACGUGGCCAGAGUGUGGAUGGAGGUUUUCCCGUUCGGAUGAGCUUUCAAGGCACAAGAGAUCCCACUCUGGGGUGAAGCCAUACCAAUGUACUAUAUGUGACAAGAAGUUUGCCCGCAGUGACCAUCUAUCCAAACACAUGAAGAUUCAUCGAGGACAGCGAGUUGGUGGAUGUCGGACACCAAGAACCAGCACUUAACCUCCUUCCGUUUUGUUUGUUAAACCAGCUGGCCACAGUUAAAGAAGUUGCUGCUUUAAAAAUAUAACCUUAGUCUAUGAUGUGAAAUUCAAGAAGGAACAGUAAGCAAACCAAUGGGUGAAACUGGAUUAACCCAUGCUGAAUCAGUUGGGCCUGUAAGGGUUUACAUGACACUGAUUUGCUAGACCCACAAACUGUGAUGAGAACUUCCAGCCAAGUUACUGUGCAAUGUUUUACUUGGCUCUUUUUGGUUAUAUGUCUCUUUUCUUGUCUCUAUGGGUAGAGGCUUCUAUAAUGAAUCCCUGUGAAUAUAGCCCUACCUCUUGUAUGACUGUUACUUGUUUUUUGCCAAGUAGUCUGUUCAUAUACAAUGCCAUAAGCAUCUGUAAUUUUGUACAGAUUUUACACAUUUUAAAGGCUGUUACUUUUAUGACACUGUUGUGUAAAAGCAGCUGUUUCUUUUUUAUUGCCCAUAUUAAGAUGGGCAUUAUGUUAAUACGUACAGAAGAAAGUAUAUUAAUACAUGCAAAGUAUGUCUGUGCACUUAAAUUACAGUUUACUGUAUACCAUAACAUACACUUGCCUGUGUUAAACCCAUUAUGCCUGCAUCAUACACACUGGAAACUGUUACAACAUUGUUUUGUUUUAGAAUUCAAGUAACACUAAAGUUUUUACUUUUUCCCCAUGUGAAGGAGAUGUCCUUACUGCUAUAGCUUAAUGCGGUUACUUAUCUAGAAUCUUAAAGAAGGGCUGACCUGGUUGUAUAGCUUCUUUAUCAAUGCAAUAUGUUCUGCACAUGAUGUGGUGAGGACUAUAAAUCUGACCUUGUAAGAGAGAAGUCGUGAUUUGUUGAUUAUGAAGAACUAUAGUUCUUUGGCCAUUACAGUUUUUCGGUAGGUACUUUGCAUACUGUUCCAAGUCUAUUGCGUGUAUAUAAUAUUCAAGCAGUACUAUAACUACAAAAAAAGUCUAAAAUCUGUAUUCCAUCCACUAUGAAAACCAAACUUUUACAGAAUGUUACAAAUUUAACAAUACAAUGUUUUCUUUUUUUUUUUUUAUACUGUGACACUGUUGAAUGUGCAUCUUCGGAUAAUUCUAGAAGACUUCUUCUCAUUAACGAUGAUACCAUAACUAUAACAGCGGAUAAUGAGCGGUUUAUGAAAACAAGUUACAAACAAUCAUCUAUAGAUCUGUAAUUGUUACCUGGACCUCCACUAUAUGAAACAUUAGGUUUUCAUGUUUUGUCUUCCUUAAAGUAUAAUGUCUCUACUGAUAUGUAUCUGUACAGUUCAGUUUUUUGGGAUAUAUACGAUUCUGUGUCACAGCUACAUAGAGAAAACUGGACAAUGGACUAAAUAUUGCAGUGGUGAUGUGUACUCUGGGUGUCACUGCUGGUGUCCUGCAUUUUGGUUGGGAUUUACAUCUCCUAGAAAAUAAUCAGUCUUCCAAUGGGUGACUUAUCGUACUGUCACAGAGCUCCUCAUCUUAGGCUCCCUGAAGGAGUCAUUCUCAGCAUAUUCUGUUUCAGUAUCAAGUAUUUUCUUAGGACCAUGGAAGGAAAGUUCUAUGUUUAUGUAGCUGCAGUUAAUACAUGUAGGGAGUUAGAAUAUAUCUACUUUAUAUGGCACUUCUGUUACGGGUACUUAAUUUUCGGUCUGUUCUGCGAGCAUGAUGAUCAUGCAACCUGCAAGUUGACAAUAUAUUUGUACUUUUGGCACUUAUUCAUUAACAUAUUGUUAUUUUUUUCCAACAUAUUUUGAGAUUGGGGAUUUACCAUUCGUGAAAAAAUCACAUUGUUCAGACUUUACUCUGAAUGCCAAAUUCAUUACAUUUUUUAACAGGCCCUACACACAAACCCAUUCUUGAUCAAUAUUAGCACUUGCUUGUUAAAGGACAUCUGCAGCCAAAACAACUUAUCCCCUAUCCACAGGAAGUGUUUUUGCUCGUGGGGCGAUCUCCCAAACGGGGCCCCUGCAUUGCCGCGCUGUGCGUGGGCUAAUGCACGAAGCAUCUACCUCUCUUAGGUCGACGGUACGCCUUCUCCCCAUACAGCUUUAUGGGAGAGGUGGGGAGGCAGAAACGCUGCUUCCCCGCUACUCCCAUAGGCAUACAUGGAGGGGGCGUGUUGGCUGCAACGUCAUGCUGCGGCCAAUGCGCCUCAUGCACAGAGAGCCACGGCAGAGCUGUGGCCCCAUGCAGGAGAUCGCAGGGGUCCCAUCGUUCAGAUCCCCCCGUGAUCAGACACUUAUCCCCUAUCCUGUGGAUAGGGGAUAAGCUGUUUUUGCCACAUAUUUCCUUUAAUGAUAGUGGGAAGAAAGCACUUAAAGGGGUUAAAUCUAGGGUUCCUAGCCCAGCUGCAAAUGUUAUGUUUUAGAAGCCUGUGUAUUGUGUGUGUAUGAAAUGUUCCCAAAAGACCCAGUAAAGACAGUGCUCUGUUUUAAAUUUAUAGAGGAGGUCCAUCGUUGGGGAGCCACAUCUAAUAGCUAAUGUGGAAUUAAAAUUUUGGAUAUACCACUUACUACUUUGGUAAUUUAUACUAACUUUUAAAAGGGUCUUCAUUUUGGUUAAUUCUACUGUUUUGCUAAAAUGCAGGGGUAUGGUAUCCUUUUUAAGGUGUCAUGGCUUCGAGGCAAUACUGUAUAUCCCCCCCCCCCCCCAUUAUGGUUCCCUUAAAAUUAUUUUUUUUUUUUACAUAGUUACAAUAAAUAUUCCACUUGCGAAAUAAAACUAGUUUUACCCUCCACAACAAUUUUAUCAAGUGGAAUAUUGUAACUAUGUAAAAAAAAAAACUAAUUUUAAGGGAACCAUAAUGGGGGAUAUACAGCAUACAGAAUUGCCUGGAAGUCAUUUUCUUUGCGAUUCUUCAUAUGCGAAAUAAAAGCUAGUUUUACCCUCCUCAACAAUUUUUAUCAUCUGAAGAAUCACAAAGAAAAUAGCUUUUUAUACAAUGUACUUAAAGGGGUACUCCUGCCCUAAGACAUGUUAUCACCUAUCCAAAGGAUAGGGGAUAAGAGGUCUGACCGCGGGGGUCCCACCGCUGGGGAGUCCCGCAAUCUUGCAUCCGGCACCCACCUCUUUUUUGAGCUGCACACCGCGCUGCCGGGUGCUGACCACGGGGCUGGAAUAUCGUGACGUCACAACUCUGUUCCCAUGUAGU